AUGUUAAUCAAAGAUCGCACGUUCAUCAUAUCCGGCGGAUCAAGUGGCCUCGGCCUUGCGACCGUCAUUACACUGUUGCAAAACGGUGCCAAUGUCUCCAUCCUCGACCUCAACCCUCCCUCUUCAGAAGCCACAUCGCAAUUUGACUCUUCACGUAUCCUCUUCUCCAAGACUGACGUUUCAUCCACUUCCUCGCUCCAAGCUGCAGUCAACAGUACUUUAAAAUGGAUUCAGGACUCCACUUCCAAGCCCCUUGCUGGCACCGUCUGCUCUGCGGGAAUCGGGACCGCAGCUCUUAGCUUACCAAAACAGCCUCCCAAUGCCACGCACGACACAGUCAAAUACAUGGACAUGGCUCAGUUCGACAGGACUAUCGCUAUCAAUGUUCGAGGUACAGUGGAUUUAAUACGCCUGACCCUCCCUCACCUUGCUUUGAACGAGCCCUGGGGCGAAGACGGAGAGCGUGGUGUCAUCAUUGUCGUCUCUUCUGUCGCAGCAUUCGAAGGACAAGUUGGACAACUGGCCUACAGCGCCAGCAAAGGUGCGUGCCGGAGUAUCGUUCUACCAUUAGCGAGAGAACUUGGCCAGAAGGCGGGCAUCCGAGUCCUAGGCAUUGCCCCCGGCGCUUUCCAGACAGGAAUGACCAUGCCCAAAAACCCACCACCUCAAAAAGCAGACCAAGCUGCCAAACACAGAGAAAGCACCGGGAACCGUACAGCCGCCAAUUCCGAGAUGGUCCAAUAUCCCAAGCGUAUGGGUAAGGCAGAGGAAUUCGCGAGGUUGGUUCGGGACAUGAUAGAGAAUCCUAUGUUAAAUGGUGAGGUUGUCAGACUUGACGGGGCCGUGAGAAUGCCAACCAGGUUAUGA